UUUUUGGUUCUCUUGGCUACCAAGUUCCACCAUAAUCACUAAUAAAAUAUUAUGAAUAUUACUUUAGAUGAGAGAGAGAGAGUAUUGAGAAUUUUAGAUAAAGCAAUGGAGGGUACGAAUUUGAUUGGUGGACAUGAAUGGAAAUGAGAUUACAGUGGGAUCUCCCGUUGUACGUGGCAAAACCAUAGCUCCUCUCCCAGUAAUUCUUGGCUGAAGGAGCAGCAGAGAAAAUCCUUGAGAAGCUUCCCUUCACCCUCAAAAAUGGCGGUCGCUUCCCCAUCUUCCGCCGCUGCCGCUGCCACUGCUGCUCCCUCUCAUCUUCCCAACAAAUUCUUCAGUUCCAAAUUCCGCCACGCCUUUAACCAUGCCCGCGCGCUUCCUUCCAGAUCCAAUUCCCUCACCAUUGUCGCCAUGGCUCCCAAGAAAAAGGCCCAUUCUGGUGGCGGCGCUGGCGGCGAUUGUUCUGAUUCCGGACGACUCGGCGGCGCUGGUGGCCUUGCAGGCGGUGGUCGGUGGCGGACUUGCUCUCGGCGCCGCCGGUUUGUUGGUCGGCUCAGUCGUGCUGGGUGGAUUACAGGAAGCUGAUUGACUGAACAGAAGAAAUCUGCAGGUGAAUAGUUCUUUUGAAAUAGUUUAAUUUGUUGUAUAAUUAAGAACCAGAAUUUCUUAAAGAGUAAAAGAUAACAACUCUUUUCUCUUGGUUUCAAAAUGUGAAUUACUAUUUUUUAUUUC